CACCUCAGUCCUCACCACCACUAGCGAGCUCGCGGGAAACGGUCGCCUAGCUCAGCAAGAAGCAACAAGGACAAGGGAGGCAAUGGGCUGCUGCGCCAGCAAGAUGUGCGACGAGCCGCCGGGCGCGGCGGGGGAAGCUACCCGGCGGCGGUCGGAGGCGCGUGACCCGCCGCCGCCGCCGCCGGAGGAGGAGAAGGUCAAGGAAGUGCUCUCGGAGACCCCGAAGGCCAAGCCGAGGCCCAGGCCUAAGCGAGUAGCUGCGUCGGUGGGGCUAGAAGCAGGGGAGACGGCGCCCAAGGCGAAGGGCGGCGGUGCCAGGGUGAACGGUGGUGGUAGGGCACGUCGGGCGGUGGGAGUGGCGCGUUCCGGCGACGAGAAGUCGACGGAGGCGGCGUCCGAGUCGUCGGCCGCGACCACGGCGGUGGGCCCCGAGCGGUCCCCGGCGAAGGCGCCAGUCAGGAGGCGGGGAGCCGUGUCCGGCGAGCUCGCCCGCGCCAGGCGGGACCGGGCCCCCGCCGCCGCCGCCGGGCGCCCUGGUGGCGGGCGCGCGUCCCCCUCGCCCCCGCCGCCGCCGCGUCGGCGCGACCCCGGUGAGUGGCCAGUCCGUAGGUCCCCGUCGCCGGCGGCGAAGCGGCCGCAGGACCAGCGGCGCGCGGGCACGGGAGCUGCUGCCUCCGCCUCCUCCGGCACACAGCGUAAGCCGCCUGUCCCGGCGAGACCGUGCGGCCGCGCGUCGCCGCGGCGCGCGCACGAGGCUCCUGCGCCUCCCCAGCCCUCGCCGCCGGCGCCGCCAAUGCAGACACCCGGGCCUGCGCAUUCUGCACCUCCACCGCUGCCACUGCCGCCAGAGGAUAAUGCCACCGCCACCGCCACCGCCGCCGCCGCCAGAGACGGUGAAGGGAAGGAGUCCCUGGACAACCCCUUGGUGGCCAUGGAAUGCUUCAUAUUCCUGUAGCGUUGAUCUUACCUCUCCUCUCUCAGUAAUAAGUUAUUAAUCACUCAGUUCGCUAGGAGUAACUAGGUAGCAGCAGCGUAAUUUGGUGCGUAAUCUCGUCACCGAGGUCUCCCUGGGCUGGCUUUUUUAUCCCCGGUAGAAAAUUACUGCCAGGUUGUGUCAGUAGCGCAAUCGGACGGCUCUGAUGUCCUGUUGUGGUCUUCUAGUGUCCUUGAUGUAAUCUGUAGAGUGCCUGCCUGUCCAGUCCUAAUCUUUUGUUUCGUUUGCAA